AUGGCUAGCUUUACAUCAUUAUCUUUUACUCCGAUCUUUCUGAUCCUGAUUCUUCGAAUCACAAAUUAUAGAAUGACCCAUUCUGUUAGCUUAGGUAAAGCGAAAAAAGAGGGAAGUAAGCGUGAAUCUGAGGAUGAACUUAUCAAAUGGAAUAAUGAAGGUAAAACUGUCACGUGGACUGAUGUCACAGUAAAAGUACCACUUGCUAAGAAAUCAUUACUGCAAUGUCUUAAGAUCGCUCGAGAACCAAGAAAGACGAAAACAAUCCUUAGUAAAGUUUCCGGUUAUGCAAUGCCCGGUACCACACUUGCAAUUAUGGGGAGCAG